AUGACCUAUGGAUCAGACACCGACACGGAGAAGAAAAAUACGCUCCUCAAAUGGUUUUGUGUUCACGCUGUGUUGUAUCUUUCUACAACCACAGGGGGAGAGGCGCUACAGCUCAUCCACUUACCUGCCACCAGCAACGUGGCCGAGAAUUCUCCACCGGGGACUUCGGUGCACAAGUUCUCUGUGAAACUGUCAGCGUCACAGUCACCUGUGACCCCAGGAUUUCCACUGAUCCUCAACUCCAGUCCCCUCACUGACGCCUUUAAGGUGAACCGGCUGUCAGACUCCGACUUUGAGGUCGUCACCACUGGGAAGGAACAACUCGAUUUUGAAGCAGAACCAAACGUAUUUGACUUGCAGAUUUACGUUAAGGAUGAGGUUGGUGUCACAGAUCUGCAGUACCUGACGGUCCAGGUAGCAGACGUGAACGAGCCCCCUCGGUUUCCGGGCAAGUUGGCGGAAGGUCUGGACCUGUAUGUCGUAGAAGGAGCAAAGCCCGGAUUCAUUUACCAGGUUGAGGCCUUCGAUCCGGAAGACACGAGACGGAACGUACCGCUCAGCUAUUUCCUGAUUUCUCCCUCAAAGAGCUUCAGAAUGUCUGCCAAUGGCACCCUCUUCUCCACCACGGAACUGGACUUUGAAGCAGGACACAGCAGUUUCCAUCUCAUUGUGGAGGUGAAGGACAGCAGCGGCCUCAAAGCUUCUACAGCGCUGCAGGUGAAUGUCGUGAACAUCAAUGAUGAGAUCCCUCGCUUCACCAGCCCUACGCGAGUGUACAGGAUUCCAGAGGAGCUGAGCAUAGGAACCAUCGUGGCUAAUGUCACCGCGGAGGACCCUGAUGACAAAGCUGUCCCCAGCCACCUCCUGUACAGCAUCAGCAUGGCCAGCAGCUAUUUUAUGAUAAACCAGUGGACGGGCACAAUCCAAGUGGCCCAGAGGAUAGACCGCGAUGCAGGUGAAUUACGAAGAAAGGCCGCCAUCUCCCUGGAAGUCCUGGUGAGGGACCGCCCUGCGGGGGGGCAGGAGAACCGCGCGCUCAUAACCUUCCUCGUGGAGGACAUCAAUGACAAUCCCGCCACGUGCACCAGGCUCACCUUCAGCGUUCUCGUGCCUGAAAGAACUGCCAACGGAACGUUGCUCCUGGACCUGAACCCGUUCUGCUUUGAUGAGGACGGCGAAGCCCCGAACAACAAAUUCAACUUCAGCACGCCAUCUGGAGUGGGCAGCAGCGGCCGGUUUUCACAGGAGCCAGCUGGCUCUGGAAAAAUUGUGUUGACUGGCGAUCUAGAUUAUGAAAAUCCAAGUAAUCUGGCAGCCGGCAAUGAAUACACGGUGGUGAUCCAGGUGCAGGACAUCGCCCCUCCUUACCAUAAAAAUGACAUCUACCUUUACAUCGUAACAAGGCCAGAAAAUGAGUUUCCUCUGGUCUUUGAUGAGCCAUUCUACAUAUUUAAUGUGUCAGAAAACAGACCAGCUAGAACCCGGGUUGGACAGGUGCACGCGGCUGAUCCAGACUUCCCGCAGAGCAGCAUCGUGUACUCCAUCUCCAGCGGAGGGGCUGGCCUCCAGUACCCGAACGUGUUUUGGAUCAAUCCCAAGACAGGAGAACUCCAGCUGGUGACUAAAGCAGACCAUGAAACAGUCCCAGUCUACACCCUCAGAAUCCGGGCCACCAACAACGAGGACACGAGCCUGGUCACCGUGACUGUGAACAUCCUUGAUGAAAAUGAUGAAAAGCCAGUUUGUAUCCCAAACUCCUACGUCCUGGCUAUCCCAGAGGAUCUGAAAGUUGGCACAAAUAUUCAGAAUUUCAAGCUGACGUGCACUGACCUUGAUUCCAGCCCCAGGUCUUUCCGCUACUCCAUUGGUCCAGGCAACAUCAACGGUCAUUUCACCUUCUCUCCCGAUGCCGGAUCCAACGUCACACGUCUGCUGCUGGCAUCCCGCUUUGACUAUGCUGGUGGGCUUGACAAGACCAGAGACUACCGACUCCUUGUCUACAUAACGGAUGACAACUUGCUGUCGGGCAGGAAGAGGGCUGGGGCUCUUAUUGAAACAGGGACAGUGACCCUGAAUAUUAAAGUCAUCCCCCAGCCAACCACGAUGGUCACCACAACUCCCUGGGCCAGGGUCACCUACCGGAUCCUGAAGAAGAACAUUUACUCUCCCUCGGCAUGGUACGUGCCUUUUGUCAUCACGCUGGGCUCCAUCUUGCUUCUGGGUCUGCUGGUGUCCCUGGUCAUCCUGUUGGCCAAAGCCAUCCUCAGACACUGCUCCUGGAAGACCAGGGUGGACAAGAAGCCUCUGGCAAAGAAAGGAGGAAUGAAGAAUUCCAAGAGAGAGGUUGUGGUGGAAACUGUCCAGAUGAGCACCAUCUUUGAUGGGGAGGCCACAGACCCAGUGACUGGGAAAAUAUAUGAAUUCAACUCCAAAACAGGAGCCAGAAAGUGGAAAGACCUGCUAAUCCAAACGCCAACAUGGAAAGAGCCCAGCCCCUGGGGAGCUGCCCCACGCAGCGUUGUUGAUGGGGAAGGGCUGGGGCCACGGAGGGGCCCUGAGCAGGAAAUAGAUGGGCUGAGUGACAGCGCACCUGCUGAGGAUGCAGGCCUGGCCUCCCAAAAUGGAGCUGGCAAACCGAAGCACAGGAACCCAGCCCUCAUGAGCAAGGUUUCCCCUAGACCCCACCCAGGAAAUUAA